UAUUGCAACGGGCAGCGCGAACGGGUAGAGCACAAAUUGCUGCUACUAUUCAUAAGCUGCAACGAUUUUCACUGUUUACUUUGCUAAAUAGUAUAGAUAGAUAAACAGUGUCGUCAAGCCACAAGCAACAAUAACAAUAGCAGCAGCGGGUGACCAGUCAGCCAGAAAGAUACCUCGGUGAUAUCUUGUGAUAGACAAAAAAGCGAACGCUGAAGAAGCAGAGACAGAUAACGCGUGCGCUAAGUAUCAAAAGUUGCCAGAAGUGACUAGGUUACUAGCGUGACCAGCAUCACUUGAUUGGAAUUAUAUGCGAAAAAUAGCACGGAGGUACAGAAGACUGGCUAAACUCCGUAUUGUGCCAUACCAUACAGAAAAAUACGAUACGACGUCUGAUUGUGUGGAUGUGGAUGCGCAUCGGGAUCGAUAAAAUUGGUACAUUGUAUACACUUUUAGUAUUCAACGAGUAAUAUUAGAACCGACGCCCCGACGCUUCACCCCCCAAUCGAACGGUGCGUCAUUUGCUGUCGUCGAUUAAACUCGUGACAACACGGCAGCUGCUGUUAUCUGAGUAACAACAACCCGUAAAAUAACAGGGACAGUGCUUACAACUACCAAAGAAUUAAAAGGCGUCGUUGACUCGCACAAAAAGAAGUAAGCUUAUUUACAACAGUGGCUCCACAGCGGUGAGAUAUGAUUCAGUGUAGCUCCGAAAUGGAGGUUGCCAGAUACAAGUUCGACAAGUUCGAAGUUGAUCACCGCUUUCUACAACGGGUCCCAGCAAUUUCGACCUGCCGAGAAGCCAGCCCGCCCAGUUCAGCCUCCACAGGAGAUAUGGAUGUUCGCCUGCGAAGCGGAUCCAUGUCGUCGGCAUACCAUGCCGAAUACGAAGAGUCCGAUUCGGAUACAGAUCAUGAUUGUAACGCGAUUGACAUGAGUGUCAUCAAGAAUGAUAUGGGGGGCUCAACUAGGGAACAACGACCGGAGCGUAUGAAUAUGGAUUUACCAACGCGUGGGCGCCAGAGGGCCUUAGGUGACCUGAUAGUCGACCGUGGACACGGACCCCCUCCACCACAGCUCAUCAUGCGCGAUCCUCACGCACCACGGGACGACUUGAACCGUAUGACUAACGAAAGCCCGUUGAGUAGUUCAGGAUCGUCAAGUUCACCAUCAUUGCUCCUCACAAACGCCCACAAUGGACUGGGAGGACACGGUAUUAACCAUGUUUCCAUUGAAAGCCAAGGCAGGUCCAAUGGACUUGCAGGCCCUCCUCUGCCACCGCCUCCAUUUCUUUCACAGCUCGCCCAGCCAGGCACGAACCACAUCAUGCAACAGAUGCAACAACAACAACACCACGUUGCAAACGGGGUUUCCGGCGGCGGAAUAUUAUUAGCAGCCAAUGACCCGAAAGGAAGACACAGCAGUUUCUCGUCGGUUAACUCGUCCGACGGAGCAGCGUCACCCCCGCCACAUACACUGCCCAAUACCACACACCAUAGUGGAAACCCCCUCAAUCAGCAUCAGCUACCCUUCGUACCGCAGCACAUACCCCAUGACUUGGUGCACAAAAUGAGUUCAGGCCAGAAAAAGAAGCUACCAACACCUAUUCCAAAGGAGUGUAAAGAUGAAGCCUACUGGGAGCGACGCAAGAGAAACAACGAAUCGGCCAAGCGUUCCAGAGAACUUCGUCGCAUUAAGGAACAGCAGACAACGCUCAGAGUGCUUUACCUUGAACAGGAAAACCUUCAACUUCGCACGGAACUUGGGAUGCUACGAAGUGAAGUCGACAAGCUUCGUCAGUUACUCUACGUUACUAAUAAACAGCAGGGUCGAGGCGGCAGUAAUGGAACAGGUGUUCGACAUCGGAUACAGCAGGCUACGCCGCAGGCCAUGGCCGCCUCAAGUGGAACAGGCGUAGCGGAAGCCGUUCCAGAAUCGAUGGAAGACGAUAACCAACUGAACCAUCAUCAUGCUUCCCUAGUCACACAGCAUCAACCACAACAGCAAGGCAAUUCGGUUAUGUCACCCCUUGUGUCAGCAUCACCUCCUUUACCAUCAUUACCGGCCGGACAUCAGCUUCUUGGCGAAUCUCAAGGGAGUCACCACCAGCCGCUGCCGCCAAUUUCCACCUUGCAAAGCACCAUGUGCCUCCCGCAAGGUCAACCGCCUCGCCAGAUUAUCCUGGCCUCCCCUCCUUCACGCCCACAGCCACCUCUUGCUGGUCAUCAUAGCAUGACUUUGGUAUCGCCACAACAGCCGCUAUCACCACACCCGAUGUCACGUUCACCGUCACCAAUUAACCGUUGUAGUCCAUGUAGCCUCAGUCCAUUGCCGCCCCCGGCCCGUCAGGCACUUCCAAUCGUUGACCAGCAUCAACAGCAAGGCCUUCAGCAGCAAAGGCCACUUUCUAGACGACGCGAAUUGUCGAUUUCGCCCCAAAUCUCGGCAGCGUCACCGCUCUUGUCCCGAGAUGCGAUCGACCUUAGUCCGCUGAGUCCGCCUCCAUCGCAACACCGUAUGGGGCUCUCGCCAUCGCCUAACGGCGACCAGGCUCGACCCUUGGCGUUAGUGCAGCCGGCCUCGGAUGCGCAGGUGUGCAGCAAUAAUGCUGAUCAUAAUGCCAACAGCGCUAACAGUAGAGCUACCCACAGUAGCAGUGGCGCUAACCGUCUUAAUAGUAGUAACAAUCAUCAUAACCUGAGUAGUCAUAAUCUCAACAGUAGUCAGCAAAGCAGCUAUCCAAGCCACAGUGGCAGUGGCUUGAUAGACAGCUGCGCCUCUAGUCCCGCCCCCAAUGUCGUUGCCAAUAUUCACAAUGUCGGUACGGAUAAUGGCUGUCACCCUCAGCAGCAGCAGCAGCAGCAGCAGCAGCCAAUGCAGCCCCAGCAGCAGGCAAUCCCGCAGCAGCCACACCAGCAGCUUCCGCUGCAACCGGCAAUCCUGCGACACAAGAAGGCCAGACCGUCUAGCCCUUUUCGGGUCAGCCCGUCGCCAAGCCCCCCGCAACAGCUGCAACAGCAGCUGCAGCAACAACAACAGCUGCAGCAAAUGCAAUCAAUACAAAUAAACCAUUCAACGAACAAUAACGCGAUAAAUAAUAUUAUUCACAGCAGCGGAAACUGUGAAGCAAACACCAGCAUGGCAACUAACCACGGCGGCGAUGGUCGUAGCCACGACGACGGCGGCGGCGGCGGCGGCGACAGCAACAACAACAAUAGCAGCAGCAACAGUAAUCAUCUGCGUCAUAGCCAGCAACAGCACAUUCAUCUGGAGCAUCAACAACAACAACAGCUUGAGCAGCAAAUGCAAUCUCAGCGCCAACACAGCGUUGUGGUACAGAGUUGACUGCGUGGCUGUGCGAGUUACUUCGAAAAACCAUGCGACUUCGGCAGAGGCAACGAUGCUACGGAUUCGCAGAUGUUCAACAACAGCGGAAUCGGCGGAACUGGUGAAGGCGGCAAACCACCUUACACGAACAAACAUCAACACGAUGCCAUUAGACGGCGUCAACGACAGGCGGAAGUGUGAGAACGACAACGAGAAUUCAUACCGACCCGGCCAUAAUGAAAGCCGAAGAUAAAGCAACCAUCGAGCUAUUGAAGAACUGAUGAUCAAUGAGGAGCUGAGGGAACUUAAGACACCUAGACAACAUCGGGAACGACGACGAAAGAAUUCACGAUUGAGUAUAUGUGUGUGUUAUUGAGAGAAAAGGACAUCUUGGAAUACAAUCAAGCACGACCGGAGCGCGUACAGAUGACGAGACGAAAAAACAACACCAAAGAUAAUUUAGCACCCAAUGAUAGAUGGAUACGAAAAAAAAGAGAUCAGAGUCCUCAAGAUGUGGUGUAUUUCCUAACAGUUGUGAGGCACUUUUUCGUACUGGCCUCGCAUUCUAAUAUCUGAAUGAGCAUCAAUACAACAAUAGAAAUAGGCACAAUAAAAGUUGGAAGCAUGUGUCAGCACGCUCGAAUACGCAUCGUUGAUCGGUAAGCGCGUCUGUGAUUGUGUGAAAACCAGAAAAAGUUAACCAAAAAUCGAUGACACUUCAUCAAACGACAACUUGGAAAACACUUCUUCCAAAAAAAAGCAACAUUGUUUAUAAUUACUGGCAACUACUGGUAUUUUUUUUGAUCGAUCUACACCCCCCAAUCACGAGAUGAACCUCCCAGAGGAACAGCUAACGCACGCGACACUCGGAGACGGUGCGUCGAGUCGGAAGCAAUAACGUCCAGUCAUAGAACGACGUAAUGACCAAACAACCAUACCUGGAACUCCGACAGAGCCCGACGCCUCUACGAAAUUCACGAUUGGUCACAUCGGUAAAUUGAACAUGACAAAGUCUAAUGGACAGAAAACAGGAAGCAAGGAAGGAGGCUUCAAAGAAAAAACUACCCUUCAUCAUACAUAGCUACUACUAAUCACUAAAUUUCGCACUUCCCAACUUGAUCCCGGCACACGCACACACGCAAACAUACAUACCGUGAAAAACCCUUGCCUCAAAAAUAAAGAGGGAACCAACGACGGAAGAGAAGGAGAAGCCACUAUGAAGUGAAGGAAGAUAGCAAAGAAAUACUGAGAUACCGUAUGCCAAUUGCUACGAUGAUAAUUACAGCAAAUCAACGUGUUACUGUGCAAAAACGUGGGUCCUAAUGAAAAAUAAAUCCCUGAACUACAGCUCCCUUCCUGGUUGUCUGAACGUUUUGGGCAUUACCCACAAGAUCCACUAGUCAACUGCGCCCUGCCCAGCAAGCCCUCGUUAACUCAACAAACUGUCCGGAUAAUAAACGCGGCUGAUUGAUGAAACUUGUGCUACGUAUAAGAAGAAGUUAAGUCGAGCUUGUUUCCUAGCGAACCACUACGGAGCAAUGCAGUGGGAAUGUGAAAACAGUGAAUAGGACCUGCAAAAAAAGCGCCGGAUACAUAGUUGAAACGAAGGACAGGGUCAAGCGUCGACACUCGGAAAACUUAACGGGGCUGAUGAACCUUUCUGUGAUAGUAAAGGUGAGUACAGAAAGACCCUAAUAACCUGGAAAGAUCCAACUGAUUGAACGUGAUUGUUGUAAUUAGCGUCCCGUCGUAGUGUGAAACACUGCGACCGGCUCCCCCCACCUCCGGCCUGAACGAAAGCCGUCAAGAGUCCGAAUGUCAGAAACAGACUCGGCAUAAGACAGAAAAAAUGCCACACGCACUAACGAAUUGGAUGAUUUUGGUGUAUAACAUCGGAGUGUUAAACGAACAGCAACCUGUAUCUGGAUGAUAAUGUCCUCUAAGCGAACCUGACUUCUGUAGUAUGAAUACCGUUCACAUGCAUACGCCCCAUCCCUUCAACCCAUAACGUAACGUUACAGAAAACUCGCCACAUUUACGUAUGAAACAAUGAAUAAAAGAUAACUCGGCAACCGUUUGGCAUCAUAGCGCUCACGUAUCAAAUCGAAACUUAACCUCCGACUAAGCUUUGCGUUUCGCUUAAUAGGUUGAAAGCCAUGAGCAGGAGCGAACCGCUUGAAAAAUAAUCGCUUCUAUUCUAUCGCGGGAGGACAACGUGUACAGUUACAUACUGCACGGGUAACUCUCCCCGUUUUGUAUACAAGAGUGGAGUGUUUAGGGACUGUUAUGGAACGUAUUUUUAAGAAGUUGUCCUGCGAUACCCUACGGACGGCUUCUUGUAGACGAGAAGGCCUUGGUCCUAUGCGCUGGGACCAGGGAACGGUUGGACCCGAAUGUGAUACGAUUGUGAUAUAAACAUAAAUACUGAUGAUAAUUAUAAUAAUAAUUUAAGUAAGAAGCAACACGAACUAUUCUAAGGGAAGCAAGCAGAUGUCACGACAAUGUAUGAGAAUAUAUAUACAUAUAUAUAUAUUC